AGAAGUGAAGCGUUAAAACUGAACAUCAACAAAAUCCCCCUUUUCGCAAACUAGGGUUUUUGGUCGCCACCACAAGCAGCAGUAGCAGCAGCAGCAAUGUCGAAGAAACGCGGGAGAAUCACAAAUCCGGAGCCUUUCUUACCAUUGGGCUCCGACGCCUUCUCCUCCAAGAAACGCUCGAAGCAACCGAAGAACCACCAGCUCCACCAGAAGCUCGUCCCCUCCGCCGCCAGCUCCAAAAUUCUGAAAGAAGCCCUUCUUCAGCAGAAGGAAAUCCAGCUCGAGGAGGAUAACGAAAACAAUGCCUCCGACCAGAAUCGCGAUAAUAAGUUCUCGCUACCCCAAUUGCACGGCCUCAAAGACAACGACGAUGAGGAAGAUAUCGAUGAUUUUGAAGGGUUCUCGGACAACCAGAGUCAAAUUGAGCGAUGUGAUUUUGAGGAUGAAAUUGACGAGGAAGACGAAAAGCUGCUGGAAGCCUUUCUGUCGAAAGACGAUCGCCCUCAACGUACAUUGGCUGAUAUCAUAGUUGAGAAGCUCAAAGAAAAUGAUGCCCAAGCCCAAGUUUCUGCAGGAGUGCAGCCAAUGCCCAAAUUGGACCCGGAGAUCAUAAAUCUGUACAAGGGGGUUGGCAAGCUGCUCAGCAAAUACACCUCGGGCAAGAUACCAAAAGCUUUCAGGCACAUAGCUUCACUGCAAUGCUGGGAGGAAGUCUUGUACCUGACCGAACCUGAAAAAUGGUCACCAAAUGCAAUGUUUCAAGCAACAAGAAUCUUUGCUAGUACUAUGGGUGUCAAGAAAGUGGAGCGAUUCUAUAAAUUUGUCUUGCUGCCACGUUUGAGACAAGAUAUUCGGAAGAAUAAGAGACUGCACUUUGCCUUGCAUCACGCCUUGAGGAAGGCUAUAUACAAACCAGCUGCUUUCAACAAGGGAAUCUUAUUUCCCUUGUGUGAGUCAGGGACAUGCAAUUUAUCGGAAGCUGUUAUUGUUGGGGGCGUCAUUGCAAAGAUUUCAAUUCCUUCUCUUCACUCUAGUGUUGCACUGUUGAAGCUCGCAGAGAUGAAGUACGCUGGUACAACGAGUUUAUUAAUGAAGAUACUAAUUGAGAAGAAAUACGCACUACCGUACCGUGUACUUGAUGCGUUGGUCGCUCAUUUUAUGAAAUCUUACGAUGAAUCCAGAGUAAUGCCUGCUAUCUGGCAUACGUGUCUUCUUGCAUUUGCACAAAGGUACAAACAUGAAUUGACAAAGGAACACAAAACUGAUCUCAACACUCUAGUCGAAAGACACAGACACAAAGCAAUUACACCUGCGAUACUAAGGGAAUUAAAUAACAGCGGUAACCGAGGGGAGAAACCGGAUAAUCUUAUGACAAUCUCAAGACCUAUGCCGAUUCAAGAAGACAGGUUUGAUAUUCCAGAUGUGCCGAUGGAGGACGACUAAUUCGGUGGUUCAAAAUUCGGCGGAAAUUCCGUCAUUUUGUUCGACAUGUUUUUGGGUGAAAAUUUUGGGUCAGUAUGAGAUUAAUUUAUGCUUAUCUAUAGUAGUGUUCGUUUGUAAAACCUCGUCAACGUCAGCGUUUUCUAGUCAACUGAAGAUUUAUUUCUAUGCAUUAUGAGAAAUUGCUGCGACAAUUAUUCAAAAUAACUCUUGGAGAAUGUUUUGAUUUUUUGUUGUGUGCCGUAGAGAGGGGACAAAGUGAGUUUAUAUUGUACGGGGAGAAUGUCUUAUAUAGUUUUUUUCGUAAAUGGAUUUAUUUCAAUACAAGGUUAUUUUUGUUUUAG